AUGUGGGUUAUAUUUUUGUUGUUGGGUUUAGCGAUAUUUCUUAUCUUAACCCUGAUAGUUGUGGCCAUCGUUUAUAUACGCGACUAUUGGCACUUUGUGGGGGUACCGCACGAUCAGCCGCGUUCUCUGCGCGAAGUGAUUAAGACCUUCAGUAAAUAUGGCACCACCACUCAGGUCAAGGAUCAAAAUGAAUAUUUCAAAAAGCUCUACAAGAAAUUCAAGGGGUCGGGGCCCUUUGUCGGUUUCUAUCAUCUGUUCGAGCCACGUGUCAUGGUCCUCAGCCCGGAGCUAAUGCAGCAAAUUCUCGUUAAGAAUUUCUCCAAUUUCAAUGAUCGUGGCCAUUAUCACAAUCGCAAAUCGGAUCCCCUCUCAGCGGAUUUAUAUUCCACCAGUGGAGAUCAAUGGAAAGAAAUGCGCUUGAAACUCGAACCAGUUUUCCAGAAAGCCUACAUGUUCCACUUUUUCGAAAGUAUACGUGAAGAGUGUGAGAAGACCUUUCUCCUCUUCGAAUUGGCUCGCCAAGAGUACCAGAAAAUCUCUCCCCAAAGUGAUGUGGCCUUCGAUGUGAAACCCUUUAUGCAUCGCUACGUCCUAGGCAACAUUGCCAAGUGUGUCUUCGGCCUCAACAAAUCAAUGCAGCAAAAAUAUCCCCUCGAAGAAUUCGAUGCCAUGACCCAAUUUGGUUUACACACCCACCGCCAUGGCGGUUUCCUCAACUCAAUUAUGGAUCGGAAUCCGACGCUGUUUCGUUCCUUCAAUUUCGCCACCACAAAAGUUAAGGUACAUACCUAUUUUAUGACUCUCUUGAAUGAUGUCAUUCUGCAUCGAAGUAAGGCGGAGAAUCGCACCGAUGACUAUCUACAAUUGCUUAUCGAUCUAAUGAAUCAGGAAUUUAAUACCCAUGAAACGGAAGUACAUAAUGAGGGUAUCGGCCUCAAGGAACAUUUGGUAAAUGAAUUGGCGGCCCAUGCUUUUACGUUUUUGAGAGCGGGCCUCGAACCCACAGAGGAUACCCUGUCGUAUGUGUUAUAUGAAUUGGCUAGAGAUCCGGUUAUGCAGCAGCGGGUUCGUGAAGAGGUUGCCAAGGCCUAUGAACAGAAUGGAGAAAAUUUCACAUAUGAAGGGAUACAAUCACUGAAAUUUAUGGGACAAUUUAUAUCGGAAACCAUACGCCUCCAUCCAGUGGUGCCCUACAUUAUGCGCCGCACCCUCAACGAUUACCUUGUGCAAAAGGAUUCCAAUUUCCUGAUACGUAAGGACAUCAAUAUCGUGAUCCCCCUGAAUGCUAUGCACAAUGACCCCGAGUAUUAUCCACAACCCCAUAUAUUUAAUCCAGAUCGUUUUGCUGGGGAAACAAAUCGCCAGCGACAAUCCUGUGUUUGGUUGGGAUUCGGUGAAGGACCCCGCAACUGCCUUGGCUUACAUUUUGCCCAAUUACAAAUGCGUACCCUGCUGGCGAUACUCCUAAUGCGCUAUGAAUUCUUUUUGGAUACACAAAAUCUUAUUGUAUGCUGCCUCGAGGGAGUGGCACUGCGAAUACGCCCCCUAAAUGAACGUUCCGAAUAUGUGGAGAGUGAGGGGCGAGAAUCGGCAGUUGUGAUAUGAAAAGUAGAAAAAAUUAGUUUAAUUUGAU